GUACAGCUAAUAUGCAAAAUACAAGAAAAUUUUAAAUUUAGUGGAUUAUAUCAAAAAGGAGACAUUAUGUUAGGUGGACUUUUUAUUGUCAAUUUCAAAACAAUAGCUCCAGACCUUUCUUUCAAAAUGAAGCCUGAUCAGUGGAGAUGUGAUGGUUUUGAGAUCUCAAUAUUCCACUGGGCUCAGACAAUGGUGUUUGCAAUCGAGGAAAUAAACAGAAAUCCAAAUCUUCUUCCAAAUAUAACACUGGGCUACAGGCUAUAUGAUAAUUGCAAUAACUUGCCUUCUGGCCUCAGAGCAACAACCUCUUUGAUCAGUGGAGAUGAUGAGACUGUAACAGAUUUAAGCUGUAAAGGGCUUCCACCUGUUGUUGCAAUUGUUGGAGAUCCUGUGUCAACACAUUCCAUCGCAAUGUCAAGAAUACUAAGUCUUUAUCGUGUUCCCAUGGUAAGCUAUUAUGCCUCGUGUUCUUGCUUAAGUAACAGAAAGGAGUAUCCAUCAUUUUUUCGAACAAUUCCUAGUGACAACUUCCAAGUAAAAGCUAUGAUUGAAAUAAUUAAACAUUACAAAUGGACUUGGAUAGGUUCAAUUGCAAUUGAUGAUGACUAUGGGCAGUAUGCUAUUAAAACAUUCAAUGAGGAAGUAAAGAAAUUUGGCUGCAUUUCUUUUUCAGAAACGAUCCCCAAAGUAAAUGAAAAGUUGAAGGUAAUUCAAAUAGUUAAGACAAUUAAGCAGUCAACAGCAAAAGUCAUUGUUGUAUUUUCUUCAGAAUCAGGAUUGCCCUCCUUAAUAAAAGAAAUUGUUAAUCAAAAUGUCACUGGCAGGCAGUGGAUUGCAAGUGAAACAUGGAGCACUUCUGCAGUGUUUGCUGUCAAGGAGAACUUUCAUUCUUUUGGGGGCACAAUAGGUAUUGCAAUUCGAAGUGGAGAAAUUCCAGGGCUGAAGCCUUUCCUGCUCCAGGUUCAUCCUAACUCUGACCCCAAUAACAAUUUGUUGAACCUCUUCUGGGAAAAAAUGUUUGGCUGUAAAUUACAGGAGAAUAUCAAUCAAACCAAUGAGACCUCUGCACUUUACAUUAAACAGUGCACUGGGCAAGAAAAUCUAAAAGACACACAAACUGCAUACAGUGAAAUUGCAAAUUUUAGGGCUGCUUACAACAUUUACAAAGCAGUAUAUGCCAUUGCACAUUCCCUUCAUGAUCUUAUAUCUUGUAAAAAUGGACAAGGACCUUUUAAAAAUAACAGCUGUGCAGAUAUCCAAAAUGUUCAACCAUGGCAGCUUCUUCAUUACCUGAAGAGAGUAAACUUUACCAAUCAUUUAGGAGAAAGAGUGUGGUUUAAUGAAAAUGGCGAGCCUCCGGCUCUUUAUGACAUUGUAAACUGGCAACCAGCUGAUGAUGGAAGUGUUAAAGUUAAAAGCAUUGGAUUUUUUGAUGAGUCAGCUGGGCCAGGAAAAGAACUUACUCUUAAUACGGAGGACAUUUAUUGGAAUUCUGGGACUGCAGAAAUUCCGGAAUCUGAAUGCAGUAAAAGUUGUCAACCUGGUACAAGAAAAGCCACCAAAAAGGGACAGCCAAUCUGUUGUUUUGAUUGUAUACCAUGCGCAGAGGGAGAAAUUAGCAACCAAACAGAUGCCAUAGAAUGUAUCAGAUGUUUGGCAGAGUUCUGGUCUAAUCAGGAAAAGAAUCAAUGUGUGCUGAAAGAAAUUGAAUUUCUCUCUUAUGAUGAUGCCAUGGGAAUCACUUUAACAGCUACUGCAUCUUUUGGAGCUUGUCUAUCACUUGGCGUCCUGUCAGUUUUUUUGCAUUACAGGAACACUCCAGUGGUAAAAGCAAACAAUUCUGAGCUGAGCUUUCUUUUGCUGGUGUCUUUAACUUUGUGCUUCCUCUGUGCUUUAUGCUUCAUUGGAGAACCCUCUUAUGUGACUUGCAUGUUGAGACAUGUGGUGUUUGGGGUCAGCUUUGCUCUUUGCAUUUCUUGUAUUCUUGUGAAAACAAUUGUAGUCAUAAUUGCAUUUAAAGCUACGUUGCCUGGUAAUAAUUUGAUGAAAUGGUUUGGCGUAGCUCAACAGAGGGGUACAGUUUUUAUCCUGGCUUUUAUUCAAGCACUAAUAUGUCUAAUGUGGCUGACAACCGCCCCUCCUUUCCCCGCUAAAAACAUUAAAUAUCAAAAUUCAAAAGUUAUAUUUGAAUGUGACCUGGGAUCAGUAACAGGAUUCAGCUGCCUUUUAGGAUAUAUUGGCUUGCUUGCUGCCAUUUGUUUCCUAAUUGCCUUCCUCGCAAGAAAUCUUCCCGAUAAUUUUAACGAAGCCAAAUUUAUCACUUUUAGCAUGUUAGUUUUUUGCGCUGUCUGGAUAACUUUCAUACCCGCCUAUAUAAGCUCCCCAGGGAAACAUACAGUAGCUGUGGAAAUAUUUGCCAUUUUGGCUUCAAGCUUUGGUGUUCUUAUUGCAAUAUUUGCUCCAAAAUGUUAUAUCAUUUUGAUUAAACCAGAGCUAAACACAAAGAAGGCCCUAAUGAAUAGAGGAGCUCCAGACAAAUAG